UCAGGUACACUGUAGAAAUGAGGAACCCACGCAGUGACUCUAGUGGAUUAAAGAAAGGUACUUGGACGCCAGAAGAAGACCGCAAGCUCAUUGCUUAUGUUACUAGGUAUGGCUGCUGGAAUUGGCGCCAACUCCCCAGGUUUGCAGGUCUAGCAAGGUGUGGGAAGAGUUGCAGACUGAGGUGGCUCAAUUAUCUGAGACCCGACAUCAAAAGAGGCAACUACACCAAGGAAGAAGAUGAACUUAUCAUUAAACUCCACCAACAGCUUGGCAACAGAUGGUCUGCUAUAGCAGCUAAGCUGCCAGGAAGAACAGACAAUGAAAUAAAGAACCACUGGCACACCAACCUCAAGAACAAAAGCCAAACUCAUCCUCAGAACAACUCAGUCGCUGCUGACAAGGAUGAGAUUAUCCUCAAACCAAGCGACCCAUAUCAUUCUCAAGGCAUCAUUGAUUCAGCAACUUCCACGAUCGGCCACGACAACGGGAAAUCGGGGUCUGAAUCAACCUUGUGCGAAUCCUCCGACAUAACGACGUCGGAAAGCAACCAGGAUUUGGUCGGACAUCAUGAGUUCUCUUUUCUGGAUGCGUAUACUGAGCCGAUGAGCGGAAAUUUCUGGACGGAUCCAUGCGUGGUUGAUUCUGACGUUCUCUAUUACCCCCAUACUGAAAUACCGCCACUCGAGACUGGACCUCAAUUCCUUACUCCAAUGUCCAAUGUCGCACAACUUUGGACUCACAAUAAUUUCUACGACCAAUGUUAUGGUCUCUUUUGCAAUUAUAAUCAAUAGACGGACCAUUUCCAUGCAUGGUUUCGCUAUCUGUCUAAAGUAUAUAUGUUCCUUGUGUUUAUUUCUGGGAAAUGGAUUAUAUUAAUGCCCAUUUUUUUAAGACUAAUGGUUUGAAUGUACUGCACUAUACCAUAAAGGAACAUUGGAAUAGGGUGACCAUGUACGAAUAAUGGAAUUUGUUACAAAUGUCA